GCGCCACCCCGCCCCGCGCCGCCCCGCCCCGCCCGCGCGUCCCCGGCCGGUCCGCGCGCCCUGGAGGCGGGCCGCCGCAGCGAAGGGGCGGGUCGGGGGCGGCCGUGCCGGGCGGCCUAGCGAGCGCGCCAGGCCCGGGCUGCGGGGAGCCCCGGUGCAGUACUGGCCGAGCCCGGGCGGGGUCUCUGUUCCCCGGCGGACGAGCUCCCUGCGCCGCGGGAAGCGCCCUCUCUUUCCUCGCCGCCGCUCCGAGUCUGCGCCCUGCCGCCGGGCGCCCCGCUCCGCGCUCCCCCGCGCCCGCCCGGCGCCCGCUCAUUCGCAGCGCAGCCUCGGCCGCCGCCGCCUCCCUGCUCCUGCUCCUCCUCCUUCUCGCCCAGCCCGCCGCGGCCAUGGCGGACAGCGCCAGCGAGAGCGACACGGACGGGGCGGGGGGCAACAGCGGCGGCCCGGCCGCCAUGCAGUCGUCGUGCUCGGCCGCCCCGGGCGGCGGCGGCGGCGGCGGGGGCGGCGGCGGGGGCGGCGGGGGCGGCGGCGGGGGGAAGUCGGGGGGCAUUGUCAUCUCGCCGUUCCGCCUGGAGGAGCUCACCAACCGCCUGGCCUCGCUGCAGCAGGAGAACAAGGUGCUGAAGAUCGAGCUGGAGACCUACAAACUCAAGUGCAAGGCGCUGCAGGAGGAGAACCGCGACCUGCGCAAAGCCAGCGUGACCAUCCAAGCUAGAGCCGAGCAGGAAGAAGAAUUCAUCAGUAAUACUCUAUUCAAGAAAAUUCAGGCUUUACAGAAGGAGAAAGAAACCCUUGCUGUAAAUUAUGAGAAGGAAGAAGAGUUUCUCACUAAUGAGCUCUCCCGAAAAUUGAUGCAGCUGCAACAUGAGAAAGCCGAACUUGAACAGCAUCUCGAACAGGAACAGGAAUUCCAGGUCAACAAACUGAUGAAGAAGAUUAAAAAACUGGAGAAUGAUACCAUUUCUAAACAGCUGACAUUAGAACAAUUGAGACGAGAGAAAAUUGACCUUGAGAACACUCUGGAGCAAGAGCAAGAGGCACUCGUUAAUCGGCUCUGGAAAAGAAUGGAUAAACUUGAAGCGGAGAAGCGAAUCCUACAGGAGAAAUUAGACCAGCCAGUCUCCGCUCCCCCGUCACCCAGAGACAUCUCCAUGGAGAUCGACUCUCCAGAGAACAUGAUGCGUCACAUCCGGUUCUUAAAGAAUGAGGUGGAAAGGCUGAAGAAGCAGCUGAGAGCCGCUCAGUUACAGCAUUCAGAGAAAAUGGCCCAGUAUCUGGAGGAGGAACGGCACAUGAGAGAGGAGAACUUGAGACUGCAGAGGAAGCUACAGAGAGAGAUGGAGAGGAGAGAAGCUCUGUGUAGGCAGCUCUCUGAGAGCGAGUCCAGCUUGGAAAUGGACGACGAGAGAUACUUUAAUGAAAUGUCUGCACAAGGAUUAAGACCUCGCACUGUGUCUAGCCCAAUUCCUUACACACCUUCUCCGAGUUCUAGCAGGCCUAUAUCGCCUGGUCUCUCUUAUGCCAGUCACACAGUUGGCUUCACACCACCAACUUCACUGACUAGAGCCGGAAUGUCUUACUACAAUUCUCCAGGUCUUCAUGUGCAGCAUAUGGGAACAUCCCAUGGGAUCACAAGGCCUUCGCCGAGGAGAAGCAACAGUCCUGACAAAUUCAAACGGCCCACACCGCCUCCGUCUCCCAACACACAGACCCCAGUCCAGCCGCCUCCGCCUCCGCCUCCGCCACCCGUGCAGCCCACAGUCCCGCCGGCAGCCACUCUGCAGCCCACUCCCUCGCCACAUCCGGUGCACCCCUCUUCCCAGCCUUAAUGCAUGUGCUUGGUCUGCAUCUCACGUCGGGACUCGUACCGUGGUGGAGCCAUCUACUCAAAACGCCAAAGGCUUCCUUCCCUGGCAUAUUUGGAUCUGACUUAUUUGCACUGAGGUUAUCUAGGCUUCACUAUUAAUUGUGUUAUAGAUGUUUGUCAGAAAUGCAGCCAGUGUUGUGGGUCUACAACUAAACAGAUGACUCCCCCCCCCCUCCUGUCAGUGUUUUACUUGAAUCUACACAUACGUCCAUUCCCUGGCUGGAACAUUUGCUAUUCGAUAUUUGGUAAUUCAGCAGCAGUGUGUGAUUUCUGCUUGGCUCCAGAGCUUUGUUUUCCUGGCUUUUAGGUUUGUAAAAUAAAAAGGGAAAUCUUUUUUAUAUUUUUUUCAUGAAUUUGCAAGAAAUUAUUGCUGUUACUCCCCCCACACACACACACCCAUGGUGUUUACCAAACAUACCGAUAAUUUAUCACUACAGUCCAAACCUUUGAAAAAAUCUAGCUUUCAGUGCAGAAUGGGAAGUUAGAUGAAUCCGUGCCCAAGAUGAUAUAUACUAUUUACUAGAGCUUUCUACAAAUACACUUUUUAUAGGUUAUUUUCAGUAUCAGUAAACACCCAUGACUCUUAUAAUAAAGCAUCCUAAAAUAAUGGAUCCCUUCAAUCUGUACAUUUUACACAUAGCAUGGGAUGGAUACGUAUUGUAUAUGAGGAUGCGAUCCCUUACCUGUAUUGUUCAUUUCCCCAAACUGGCCGCCGCUGACGUAAGUGAGUCGCUAAAUGUCGUCCUGCCUACCAGUGGUUGCGAUGGCUGCGUAGAAUGUGUGAUGUGAUUUCUUCUGCAGAAGGCAAUGUGAUUGUAACAGACAAACACAGCCAGCUCUCUUUCUUCGCCGUUCAUUAUUUGUGUUUCCUUAAAAUAGAGUUCGAACAAAUAUCUUAAAGGUGCAGAAUGCGAUUUAAAAUGCUCUUUGAAACGAACAUUAUAGGAGUACCUUGGCAUCAUGGCCAUCCGAUACAUUAUUGCUUGCCAGAAAAGAAGCAUAGACGAAAGCAGCACAUAGCAUUGAGGACUGCUUAUUCCACGCAUUAUAAGCAAGUGCAGUGUACAAAUAAGUAUAUCCUGAGUCUAUUAUUUCCAUUUCUUUAGCACAAAUAAACUGGUUUCACUUUGAAGUGGAACACUGUGAGUCACUCUUUUCUUAAUACUUGCAGCAUCUUUAUUUUUUGCUUUUCAGCAGUUACUGUUUUGUACUUUGGUAGUAAAGUGAUUUUUACCACCUGUGUUUGCAUAUUUAUAUAUGCUGUGGACAAAAAAAUGACUUAUUAGAGAAUGUAUAUUUUAUGAUGAGAAUGUGUAUCUGUUGGAUAUAAUCAGAGAACUGAAAAUUAAUUUAUCAGUGAUUUUUAAGAGUCCAUGUUUAGUGACAACCAUCUCUAAUAGCUAGCUCUUUAUUGAACACACUCCUAAAAUAAGGAAACCAUGACAUUGUAGAUAUUUAACAUUGUAUAGUAGAGAAGCUUCCAUUUUUGCCUUUGAAUGCAUAUUUAAGAGUUACAGAAAGGAAAAAAGAAAAAGUCUCAUUGGAUUAUAGUGUUUGACUAGCAUUUUACGAACUUGAGAGUAAAAGCAACAAUAAGAUUUUCCCCUCUUCUGCUUCUUUCCCAAACCAAGGACGUCACUCCUCAAUUGUUUGAAGGAAAUCGUGCGUUUAUAUAAUCUUAUUUAUAAUGUCUGUGUAAUAUACAUAAUAAUAGUACAGUUCUCAAGUAUGGGGAGGAGAUUUAGCAUUUAAUUAUUGAGGCGUUAGGUUUUUAACUCAAAUUAGACGGGGUCAUAUCAAAACCGGGAAUUUCACCAACAGCUUAACUAUCCUUCCUGGUACAUUGCCAUUCCGAGGAAUUCUGAGAGUAGGCAAAACACAAUUUGCCUUCAUGGUACAGUUCUCGGCUUUUCUUAUAGGAGAAAUAUGGUAUAUGUUUACAAGAAGCUCUUAAAGAUAAGAUUAUAGACUUCAGUGCUGUCGGAAAGUAACUUGCGCUCAAAUAAAAAAGUUCAAAAUGUCACCUUCCUCUGCUUCCUAUCCGUGCAGUUACCUCCUGAAAGCACAAGUGAAAACAUCGCCAUAUGGCGCAUGGCACAGCACUUGAAGUGAGCAAACAGUUCCUGACGAAUGCCUUUUAGAGACCACUUCUUGACAUUCAGACUUCUGCAGAAAUGGCGUGCUGGUUCUCCUAGAGCAGCCAUUUCAAAAUAAAAUCCAGGCAGCACUUUUCAACACAAAAGUCUCUUCAAACAUUCAAAACUGAUCCAACACUACUGUUUGGAAUUUAUGCUUUUUCAUGACCUUUUAGAGUGCUACCUUUAGAGUGCUUUUUGAGUAGUACCUGCUAGGGAGAUUUCUUGGCAUUUGCUUAGUCGCCAGGGAUCCGCAAGAUCCUAGCCCUCAAACAGAGGAGCAAGAGCCUCCUUGCAUGUGGGAUGCUGGUGUAUGCCGGGCCUGUCUCAUGAAAGCUGAACAUGGUUGUCGCUGUUCUAGUUGCCCAUUCAGCCCGGGUAGCCUUGAGUUGACUCCCAGAUGGCUUUGGUUAAAUCUGUGGCCAUCCUGAAGCUUCAUUUUCUUAUCUUGCUGCCAGAGACCCUUGGCUACCACUGUGCUGCUAAUAGGAUAAGUACUCAGUUACCAGAUUACCAUGCCUUUUUAUACAAAACCAAAUUGAUUUACCUAUUACCUGACACCUCUCUGAGGUUUGAACUGCUUUCUCUCAGUAAGCAUGCUGGCUGGCAUUCUAGACAGAACUCUAAAAACUGGACAGAUGGUUGGAGGUAUUGGAGAUUUGCUCUAACUUGCUCCUUUGCUGAUCGAAAGGAGUGUUAGUUUCUGAGCUCCUGAGAUUCUGACCAGCAACCAUGGAUAGAAUGAAUGUGUGACCAGAUGUGACUUUGAAACCAAGCGCUGCUGUCCUGUUGUAAUUGGCUUCUGAUUUGACCAGAAAUAAUUGAUAAUGUGAUAUCAUGUUAACUGUUGAAUUGUAGGGAAAUAGAAUAGGUAUCACCCUUUGUAAGGUAAAUAACAAGCUUUGCCUGCACAGUCCUUUGUGCUUAUAGAGGAUGCCCCAUUGGGCAAGAAAAAGCAUAGUGACUUGUGCUUUCAGAGCCCCAGAUGUUUAUCUGAAUACAGAAGAAAUCUUUCUGUGUCACUUGAUCUUCUGUCUAGUAUUUGUCUCAUAGGUAACCAACACUGAAACUUUGUGGUGAUGACUACCAAAGAAAUACAUAGUAAAACCUUUUGUUUCCAAAUUUAUUAAAGAGCCCUUGAAGCUGCUACCUGAGUUCCAUGCUCAAGAGCCAUUGUAAGAGAUUAAGGGGUUUUUAGGUUUUUGUUUUGUUUUUUGAAAAAAUAAUAACUAUAUAUACACACAUAGCAGUUAACCUUAAAAUUCCAGAAUGCUCAGUAGUCAUGGUUAAGAGACCUAGUUGCCUCUUGUUGAGCAGUUGAGGGAAUACUGUGUUCUUGAUAGUGGGGGUGACGUGUGUGUGUGUGUGUGUGCGCGUGUGUGCAUUCAUGCCUUAACUCUGGUUAUUGCUCCACUUCAGUUCUUGACUUAGUCUGCAUCUAGAUUGUAUUGUACAUCUCGACCUGAACUUCACUCUGGCAGAAACAAAAGUUGCAGGCACGGCAGUUGAAGAAUGCAAUGCUCCAAAAGAGUUACCUGAUCAGUAGAGACCUCGAGGCUUCUUUGGACUUGAUGGGGAACUUUGCGUGGAGAGCAAAAGUGAACUGUCAAAUGGAAAGACAUCUUGGAUGAGAGCCAAGUGCUAGCUUGUCCUUUUGCUUGUGCGUAUCUGUGCACACCGUGUGUUGUUCUUGACAGCUUGUCUACAACUCACCUAGGUUGGAGUUACAGUAAUCGUGGCAAUCUUGACUUGAUGUUCUUGGUCGGAGUUUAGAGGGAUGUAAAGACUUCCAAUUAAUGUCUUAUUUCCUUUAUGUUGAUUAGUCUUUGAUACAUGUGCUGAAUCAGAAACCUAAAUAAAGAUAAUUUUUUAAAAUGGA